CGUGAAGCAAACAGUCUAACACAACACACGUUCUCCAGAAUGGUGCUGAUGAUGGGUUCAUAAUUUCACGAUGAAGACCGACUGGCAUGUCAGUGUGACCAUGGAAGAUAAAAAUAACUACAGUGAUCCUGACAUCUCUGACACAUCAACUGAAAUACAUUUCUAUGAUCCAUAUAUGGAUGGAACACAUCAUUCUUCAAGUUCUUACAUCAGACUGUGUAUCUUCCUCAUCACUAGUGUUUGUGUGGGUCUGCCAGCUCUGGUUUGGGCUUCUCGGCUUCUUUAUCUUCACAUGAAGAUCAGAGAGCAAAUCUCAUCCUUCAUCGUCCUCCUCCUCCUCAGUGACCUGAUACAACUACUCCUCACUCCAUUAAUGAUACUGCUAAUGAUAUUAAACUGGACCCCUGGGCUUUUCCAGUUUUGGCCAGGGUUAUAUUGGUGUGGUUUUCAUCUGCAUCAGCUGGUGGCUCUAGAGGGGGUUUUGACACUGAAAUAUCCACUGUUUUCUGCUCGUAUUUUCUCAUGCCCCUGUUAUACCAUAAUCUUCAUCUUUGUGUUUGCCUUUUCUGUACAGAGUGCUUUAUUUUUUUUCAUGGAACCAUUUGUAAAUACGAUCAUUUUGUUAUUUAAUAUUGGCUCAAGUUUGGUAUCUCUGAGUUUAUUGGCUGUAUCAUUUACAAUCACCGGUAAAGCCUCUUCCACUCCUGUCAGCGAAAACACACGUUUAGUGUUCACUGUUGCUGUUUUUACCUUUGUAUGGCUGUAUUCACCAUUCAUGUUGUUCAUCUGUGUGAAUUUAAUCAUGGAUGGAGUCCAUACAUCUUGGUUUGUGAUGUGUCUCUGUUUGAUGAGUUUGAGAGUGAUUUCAGACCCUAUUCUGUGUGUUUUGGUCUGCAGAGGAAAUCUCAGAGAUGUUCAGAUACCACAAACACACAUCGAACACAACGCUGAUCAGAUGUCAGUUUCAUCAGCCACCAGAGGUGUUUUUUGAAAGAAGGAGAGAAUAAAGCAGAGAAAGUAAAAUCUUAAGAGAUUAAAAAGUGUCUUUUAGGAUGCAUUAUUUGAUGUGAAAGAAAGAAACAGUUUAUUCUUUCAAGGAAGUUACAGUUUUUUUUUUUUUUUUGUUUGUUUGUUUGUUUUCAAAACUUUACACACAAAUCCAAGAACUGCACACACAGAAUGCCUCACAUAUCUUUCAAAAUGAAGCACUGCAUUCAAAAUAUCACAAACACAUCUCAAAAGCAAACAUUUGCAAACACCUUUGCCAUAAUAUUAAUUCCUGUUAGAUUUUUGUGUUACAUUAAGAAUUCUAGGGCUGAGAAUGUAUAGUUAUAGAGAGUGUAUGGUUUUGCAGAUUUGGUGUGUGUUUCUGCUGUUUGAG